AUGAACGAGCUAGCACGCGUCGCGGCGCGCGCAACGGGUGCCUCCCGUUGCAUGGACGUCGAGAAGACCAGCGACAUGACGUAUCAGAAGGUGUACAACCUCACCAUGAACAACGGGCGCGAAGUGAUUGCCAGAGUCCUCAUCCCUCACAUGCCCGCCCCAAAGGUCCUGGUGUGGAACUCCCGCGUCGAAGGCAACCCCCUCGGCGCCGACCUCUGCGCACAGCUGGUGGGCUACCAGAACGACCUGCUGUCCAAACCCUUCACACACACCGGACCCCUCUACUACGCCGACGACCACGCGAUCCUCACAGCCAUCGGACCGCUCGUGUACACCGACGACAGCAGGGCCAAGAUCUGA